AUGGAAGGUGAAAGGCUGUUCGAGGUCGAGGAGUUCUCGGUUGGGUAUUACGGUCUCUGUACAGCUGGAGGAAUGCUCAGCGCUGGCAUUACUCAUCUCGCCAUUACUCCUCUCGAUGUCUUGAAGGUUAACAUGCAGGUGGACCCUCUCAAAUACCGAGGCAUUUCAUCAGGGCUUAUAACACUAUGGAGAGAGCAAGGCCAUUCUGCUCUCUGGAGAGGUUGGUCAGGGAAACUAUUCGGAUAUGGAGUUCAAGGAGGAUUUAAAUUUGGUCUUUAUGAAUACUUUAAAAGGUCCUAUUCUGAAUUGUUAGUUGAUCAACGUAGGAGUGUUAUAUUCUUCCUCAGCGGUGCUUCAGCUCAAGUAUUUGCUGAUGUGGCCCUCUGUCCCUUUGAAGCUGUCAAAGUUCAGGUCCAAACUCAGCCUCAUUUUGCCAGGGGAUUAACUGAUGGAUUUCGCAAAUUGUAUGUGAAUGAAGGCCUUUCAGGCUUUUACAAGGGACUCUUUCCACUUUGGGGGCGUAAUCUUCCAUUUUCCAUGAUCAUGUUUUCGACAUUUGAGCACUCAGUAGAUCUGAUGUACCGGAAGGUCAUACAGAGAAGGAAGGAAGAUUGCUCAAGAGCCGAGCAACUCGGUGUGACAUGCUUAUCAGGCUAUGCUGCUGGAUCUGUUGGUACUGUAAUAUCUAAUCCCGCUGAUAAUAUUGUCUCAUUUCUUUACAACAGAAAGGCUGAGACAGUUAGACAGGCUAUUAAAGAGAUUGGACUUGUUAAUUUGUUUACGAGAAGUCUUCCUGUUCGAAUCACAAUUGUGGGCCCUGUUGUGACUCUGCAAUGGUUUCUCUAUGACACAAUUAAAGUGUUAACUGGACUGCCAACAAGUGGGGGCUUACCCGACAUGAGAAGGAUCCUAACUUACUCAGACAAUAAAUAACGGCUCCCUCAGAAAGAGUCAUGUGAAGUGUGGUGGCCUCAAUCACCUUCCUUGGCUUGUUCAGUUGUCUCCUUGUCAGCAGUUA